CUUUUUCUAGAUUGAAAAAAGAGAAAAUCACUCCACUGCACACAAACAAAGGGAAAACCCAGGAAAAGGAAGAUUUGAAAUUUUAUUCCAUUUGAUUGAAAGCAAAAUAAUUUUUUUUUUUUUAAAGAAGGGGUGAGUUUCGGGGAAGUUGUUUUUCACGUAUUUAAUGCAUCAGAAGAAAUCGGAAGUUCAGAUCGGAAAAGAAAGCAGCGGCGUCUCUUCCGAUUUUCAUCCUAAACCCUCAACGGUUCAUCACCACCACCACCAACAUCAUCAUCAUCAUAGUCUUCCAUCUCAUCACCUGCAACAUUUUAAUUACCAUCAUAGUGUGUAUCAGCUUUCCGAUACAACAGCGACGCCAAUUUCCGUUUUCCCUCAGAUAGUUAUCCAGAACCCUCCCCAAAAUGACGCAAUUGCGCCUGCUUCUUCAUCCCCUUCUUCUUCUUCUUCUUCUUCGCCGACGCCUUACAAGAGACCCCUUUUGGCCCAAACGCCUUCUCUCACAAAAACCCCGACCUUGUACCGUUUUACGUCGCCCCCUCAUUUCAGUUCCCCUAAUGCCGCUUCCUUUUUUUCCUUCUCCAUUGCUGCUAAAUCUUUCAUUUAUCGGAUUCUCCGUCGUUUCAAGCAAUUGCGUUGUCUCCGGGUUCAUCUACGCUUAAUCCUCCUUCUAUCUCUCCCUUUUUUCUACUUCCUAGUUUCGCAUCCAAGCCACUCCUUUUUACUUGACUUCCUAUCGGCUUUCGCUUUCUCCGCUGCGCUGCUUUUUUCCCUUAACCUCGCUCUCCCUCGACUUCCUUCUAUUCGUUUGUUCUUAGCCCGUUCUUUUCCAAUUAAGUUCAAGCCAUCAUCUUCACUCUCGAGGCCUCAUUUGCCUGUUUUUUGGUCAAUUGGGUCUCGACCAAAAUCUGAAAAGCGAGCGAAUUCGGGGUGUUGGGUUCAGGUUUAUAGCAAUGGAGAUGUUUAUGAAGGGGAGUUUCAUAAGGGGAAAUGUUCAGGGAGCGGCGUUUAUUACUAUUAUUUGAGUGGACGAUACGAGGGGGACUGGGUGGAUGGCAAGUAUGAUGGCUAUGGGGUGGAAACGUGGGCUAGAGGAAGCCGGUAUCGUGGGCAGUAUAAGCAGGGCCUUAGGCAUGGAUUUGGGGUUUAUAGGUUCUACACUGGGGAUGUUUAUGCAGGUGAGUGGUCUAAUGGGCAGGGUCAUGGCUGUGGAAUCCAUACUUGUGAGGAUGGAAGUCGAUAUGUUGGGGAAUUCAAAUGCGGAGUCAAGCAUGGACUUGGACAUUACCAUUUUAGGAAUGGAGAUACAUAUGCUGGGGAAUAUUUUGCAGACAAGAUGCACGGAUUUGGUGUCUAUUGUUUUGCAAAUGGCCAUUGCUACGAGGGUGCUUGGCAUGAGGGUAGGCGACAAGGGCUUGGAAUGUAUACAUUUAGAAAUGGGGAAGCACAAUCUGGUCAUUGGCAAAAUGGAGUUCUUAAUGUCCCAAGCACACAGAACUCUACGUAUCCAGUAUCACCUGUAGCUGUUUAUCAUUCAAAAGUACUAAAUGCAGUGCAGGAGGCUCGAAGGGCAGCAGAGAAAGCUUAUGAUGUGGCCAAGGUAGAUGAGAGAGUGAACAAGGCAGUUGCUGCAGCUAAUAGAGCAGCAAAUGCAGCAAGAGUAAUAGCGGUUAAAGCAGUGCAAAAGCAAAUGCAUCAUACUAAUAACAAUGACAACAUUCCCAUUCCCAUUCCUAUCAUGUGAGACUAACAACUGCUCAUUUAGUUUUGAAGAUACAUGAGAUAGCGGCGAGAGGAUGGUGAUUUGUGGGACUUUAUCAAAUAGGUUUGUGUUUUUAUGCUGUUAUCUCCUUACAGUCCUCGGUGUUUGGUCAAGAGGCUGUAAAUUUAACAUGCCUGGCAUGGGAGAAGAGAUGGCUUUAAAAGAAAUUAUUAUUGUAAGAGCUGGGAAGAAUGCCCUAGCAUACACAGAGGAAGACAAAGAGCUGAAGAUGGUUGAUGGCACCAUCCAUAUUUGUGGUUUAGUUAUAUCUGCUUUUCCUACAGUUUUGUAAAGAUGAGGUAGAUGAUGAUCGUGAUGUAAUAAUAUGUAAGUGAUGGUAUUGGUAUGCAAGUCUGGUGACACCUCAUCCAGUCUCGGUGUUUGUUGUGAACUUCGAUUGAUUUGAUUUUGCGAUGAAGAAAAUCAUGCAUGUUUUCUCA